AUGGGUAAUGAAUUUUACAACGGAUUCUGGACGAACUGGGAGGAUGGGAAGAUUGGGGGUGCUACCCUUACACUGCCGACAUAUGCAGGCUUGAUUCUAGUCUCCUUUCUCACUCUGUUCGUACAGUAUUCCGGUAGCUGCUUCUGGCGCGUGGUUAGCUUCAUCUUGCACCAGACGAGAUCGACGACGGCGUCGAAAAAUGGCCUUUUCCAUCAACAACAGGCCAUCCUUAGAAAUUCUGUGACUGCGACCAACGCAUUUUGGACCAUAGCCUCGUCCGCGUUCGUGUGGAAA